AUGCCCAGAAAGAAGAGUGCUGCUAGUGGCUCUCCUGCCAGCGACACUGCAGUGACGCUGGCCCUCUCGCGUAACGAGCUCAUUGAAUCGGUGGCAGAGCUCGUGGUGGCCCAGAACGAAUCGGACUCUGCUGGCUCCACUACCACCUCCUCCACCACUCUGGUUUCGAAACGGCUCCACGAGUCCCGUCGUGUGGUGUUCGUGUUGGGAACCUUGCUUGGGUUGCUUGUCACAGCUGUUUUCACCACCUACAACAGUCCCCACCUCAAGAACGAGCUCGACAAGUACGUGAGACUCGAUUCCAUGUCGUUGUUUGAGGACUGGCGGGACUGGACUGACAUGUUGCCCAGCGGACUCCAGCUGAUGAUGUCAGACUUCGACUUUUCCAGCCAGCAGGAUCCUCUCAGCGGCAGUGCUGAGUCGUUCCUGGUGGGAAAGCGCAUGGCGCUUGUCCACAACCUUACCGCCCAGCACAGCGUGGUGAUGGUUCCAGGCGUGAUUUCAACCGGAAUUGAGUCGUGGGGCGUGUCGCUGGAUGGCGAGUGUCCGUCCAUCAACCACUUCCGUAAGCGCUUGUGGGGUUCGUUCUACAUGCUCCGCACCAUGGUGCUCGACAAAGGCUGCUGGUUGAAACACAUCAUGCUAGACCCCAACACGGGCCUCGAUCCCCCCAACGUGCGGCUAAGGGCAGCACAGGGCUUUGAGGCUGCUGACUUCUUCAUGGCUGGCUAUUGGAUCUGGAACAAGAUCCUCCAGAACCUUGCAGUCAUUGGCUACGGCCCCAACAACAUGAUCAGUGCUGCCUACGACUGGCGCUUGGCGUACCUCGACUUGGAGCGCCGUGACGGGUACUUCUCCAAGCUCCAGCAGCAGAUCGAGCUCACCAGGCGGCUCACGGGCCAGAAGACCAUCUUGGUGGGCCACUCCAUGGGAUCGCAGGUGAUUUUCUACUUCUUGAAGUGGGUGGAGGCCCAGGGCGAGUUCUACGGCAACGCAGGCCCUGGCUGGUGCAACCACCACAUCGAGGCUUUCGUGGAUAUCUCGGGCCUGUCGUUGGGAACGCCCAAGGCUAUUCCAGCGUUGAUUUCUGGUGAAAUGAAGGAUACGGUCCAGUUGAACGCUUUGGCUGUCUACGGCUUGGAGAAGUUCUUCAGCCGUCGCGAGCGUGUCGACAUGUUGCGGUCGUUUGGAGGCAUAGCCAGUAUGUUUCCCAAGGGUGGCGAAUUAAUUUGGGGUAACUUGACCCAUGCGCCCGAUGAUCCUACUAACACCUUGGAGACCAAUGGCCUGGUGGUGGUCACCACAGGCCCCAAAAAUGAGAGCUUUGGCACCUUCAUCCGCCACGUGUCCAAGAACAGCCUGGUGGAACACUACACCGUCCAGCAGAGUCUUGAUAACUUGUUAGACGACGCCCCCGAGUGGUACGCCCAGCGUGUACGUGACCAGUACUCGUACGGAGUGGCUGAAAAUGCUGCCCAGUUGAAGAAAAACAACCACGACCACCUGAAGUGGUCCAAUCCGUUGGAGGCAGCCUUACCUAACGCGCCAGAUAUGAAGGUUUUCUGCUUCUACGGCGUGGGAAAGCCCACGGAAAGGGCUUACUCGUACGCAGACGCGGACGAUGCCACUAAGUUGAAGAUGGUGAUCGACUCCGAACUGGACAAUCCCGUGUUUUUGGGAGACGGUGACGGUACGGUGUCCCUCUUGACCCACACCAUGUGCCACGAAUGGAAGAAGGGCCUGGCGUCGCGGUUCAACCCUGGAAACUCGAGCGUGACAAUCGUGGAGAUCAAGGACGAGCCUGAUCGGUUCGACAUCCGUGGAGGUGCCAAGACUGCUGACCAUGUGGACAUCUUGGGGUCGGCGGAGUUGAACGAGUUGGUGUUGAAGGUGGCGGCAGGAAAGGGCCACUUGAUCGAAGACCGGUACAUGAGCAACCUUCGUGAGAUUGUGGCGGGAAUGAACAUCUAG